AUGUUUCCAACGGCGGACUCUGAAGAUAUUUCAAAAGUCACGUCAUUACAAAGUAAAUCAAGUCUUUCUAGCAAUGAGCGAGACCCCAUCAAAAGUUCUGAAGUGGCGAAACAAAACAAUAACAGAGAGUUAACCCUCAAUAUGCUAAUCAAAGAACUAGUGUUUUGCAUUGCUUUAGCUCUGACUACAUACGGAGCUUUACACAACGGGCCAAAUAAAGUAUCAAAAGUUCCUCAAGCUAUGAGAUUCUUUUAUUCAGAUUCUGUUGUAACAGAUUGGUAUAGAGGCCAGUUAAGUAGUGCCCUAGCUGCAAUUAAUACUGAAGAUAUAUCAUUUGUUAUGUACUAUGCACCUUGGGAUGCAGAGUCCCAAUAUGUAAGAGGUGAAUUUGAAAAAGCUGCCAACAUUCUACAAGAUAGAGUACAUUUUUCUGCUAUAAAUUGCUGGAAUCCUGGAAGUGAAUGUAGAUUGCAACAUAAUAAAAUACCUUCAUGGCCAAUUUUAAUGGUAUACACUGUUACCUCAAGAGGUGUACUAUAUAAAGGACCAAGAAAUGCUGAAAGUAUGAUUAAUUUCUUAGAAAUGUUGAUGAGACCUCUAGAAAAAAUUUCUAAUACAGAAGACCUAGUUAAUUUAUUAUCUGUUUGUGAUGCUGUGGCAGUAGGAUUUACACCUUUGACUGAAACAUCACGGUAUUAUAAUGUGUGGUACAAUGUAGCUCUCAAGUCUAAAGAGUUUGACACUGUUGGUGAAAUAUGCUUUGCUACAGUUACUUCUACAGACUUUGCAAUGGAUUUAGGAGUCGAGACUAUUCCAAACGCACGGCUCAUGUUGUGGAAUGACACUAAGGAAUAUUUUCCAAAUGAAAACAAUAAUUCAUGGAAUGAAACAUUUUUAAUGCAUUGGGUGCUUCAAAAUUUUGCUCAACCUGUCGCCAGAAUUAUUCCCAUGUGGCAGAAGUCCUUCAAUUUUGAAAGAUACGCAGAUGGCAACCCAAUACUUAUACUUUUUACACCACUCAAUCCACUCUAUGAGCAGUUGCCAUCAUAUGCUUUAUUGCGGGAAGUUGCGAUGGAGUAUUAUAAUUGUAAAAAUAACGAAAGUAGUCAAUGGACGUCUGAACUAAUAAAACUACAGCAAGUACAAAGGUUGCUAUACCAACAAAAAAACUUUCUAAAAUUUUGCCAAGAGUACAAAUUUAAAAAGCCUAUAAAGAAAGUGAGUACGCACUAUAAAAGGGAAGUUGUGUCGCACAACAAUAAGUAUCCAUGGAAUAAUGUCACGCAGAAGUCCCAAAAAAGUAGCGUGUUCAAUUUUCUUCUCAAGCAAGGAUUGGCCAUAUCAAAAUUGAUAGAAAGUUCCAGUGAUAAUUCAGCAGUAUGGUCUACGUUAGGUUAUUUGCAACAAUGUAGUAGCAGCGCUUCAAAAUCUUUACCAGCCGAAAAAAGUUUUUAUGAAAACUAUGAGAAGUGUCAGUCAUUUGAAGACCAAAUGAACAGUGAUUUAGAAAUGGAAAGUGGGGAAAUAGAAACGACUAUGCUACCAUAUGAAGAUGAUCCUCUGUCCGCCGAGAAUCUUGUACAAGAGAAUGUAAAGCAUUUCUGUAGAUUAAUGCAGUUUGCGAAUAAGAUAAACCCACCAGUGUCGCCCUCUAGGGUGACAAUCGGGAACAUAACUCACAUCCACGGCCUCUCUUGUACUACGAAUUAUUCUUUGCAUAUUCUGGCUGUCGAUAGCAUUCGGAAUUACCAUUUUGCUGAAGCUCUCGGUGUAGAUAUCAAACAUAAGAAAGAUAAGACAGCCCUUGUUAUUUUGGAUAGUAAGCACGAAACUCAAUACGUAAUGUCGGAGGAGUACAGCGCUAAGUCGGUGAGAGACUUCAUACAUAACUUCACGCGCAAGGCGUUGAAGCGCACGCUGCGGUCGCGCGUGCGCGCCACGCACACGCACCACUUCACGCCGCCACCGCCGCGCGACUGCGACAGGUGCGGCUGCGACUGCGACAAGCGUGAAUGUGACAAGCGCGACUGUGACAGGCGUGACGCGACCGAGAGAGUAGAGAUCCUAGAACUUACCACACAUACGUUUAACAAAAUCGUCAGGACUCCUGGAAUGCUAACGAUAGUGGCGGUGUGCGGCGGCGCGUGCGGCGCGGUGCCGGCGCGCGCGGCGGCGGGCGCGGCGCGGGCGCUGCGCGCGGCGGGCCUGCGCGCGCGCGCCGCCCGCCUCGACGCGCGCGCGCACGACCUGCCCUGGCACUACACCGCGCCCGCCUACCCCGCGCUGCUCGUCUUCCACGGCGACAGGUCGUACGAAUAUUAUCUACUUCUGACUAAAAACUCGUGC